CAAAAACAGAACACAAUGGUUAAGUACGAAGAGGAUUAUGUGUUGAAUUCACGAGGGAAGAAGCUCUUCACGUGUUCAUGGAAACCAGAAGAGCAACAAGAACCUAAGGCUAUGAUCUUUUUAUGCCACGGCUACGGAAUGGAAUCAAGCAUCACCAUGAACAGCACGGCAAUAAGGUUGGUGAACGCAGGGUUUGUGGUCUACGGAAUAGACUAUGAAGGUCACGGUAAAUCCGGGGGAUUAAAUGGUUACAUUCAAAACUUUAAUCAUCUUGUUGAUGACGUCUCUUCUCAUUUCUCUUCAAUUUGUGAGAAGGAAGAGAAUAAAGGGAAGAUGAGGUUUCUGAUGGGAGAAUCCAUGGGAGGAGCAGUCGUUUUACUAUUAGCGAGAAAGAAGCCUGAGUUUUGGGACGGUGCCGUUUUAGUCGCUCCCAUGUGUAAGCUAGCAGAAGAGAUAAAGCCACAUCCUAUGGUGAUCAAGUUUCUCACAAAGCUAACUCGAGUCAUUCCAACUUGGAAGAUAGUUCCUAGCAACGAUAUAAUUGACGUUGCAUUUAAAGAAUCCCACAUAAGAAAACAGGUUAGGGAAAAUGAGUAUUGCUACAAGGGCCGGCCUCGCUUGAAAACUGCUCAUCAACUCUUAACAACUAGCUUGGAUCUUGAGAAGAAUCUUCAUCAGGUAGAGAUGCCAUUUAUUGUCCUUCACGGAGAAGAUGAUAAAGUUACAGACAAAGACGUAAGCAAGCUACUAUACGAGGUGUCUUCAAGUUCCGACAAGACUUUCAAGUUAUACCCGAAUAUGUGGCAUGGACUUCUAUACGGAGAAUCUCCUCAGAAUUUGGAGAUUGUGUUUGGUGAUAUCAUUGGAUGGCUAAACGAGAGAGCUACAAACCAAAGGAUAGAGCCUGAGUUAAAGCAUUUAUAG